GUUCGCUACUCUGCGCUAAGCGAGAAGAAGUCCGAGCGAUGGAGACGUGACUCCUAAACAGCGCUGCUCGGCUUUAACAAAGGCAGCCCGCUGACGGGCUCAGGAUAGAAGAGUUCGGCUUUUCUCCAGGCAGGCAGUAAGUUGGGCGCUUUAACUUGCCGACUCCCGCAGGGAAGCGACAGAUAAAGGAAAGUGCUUGUGCCAGCAGCUCCGGUUCACUGACGGAGUUCGGGGCUGUUUGCUUGUCCGUUUCCCGGAGUUAGCUAGCUAGCUGGGGCUUCGCUAGCGGACUGGGAGGAUUUUACGGCUCCCUGUUUAUCGCAGGUGUGUAUUUCUGUGAUGGCGCUGCGAGCGAGAGUUUUGUAUGACUUUACUUCUGAAAACACCGGGGAGAUCUCGGUUAAAGAGAACGAAAUCGUGACUGUGUACAGCGAGAAGGAUAUAGAGGGCUGGUUGGAGGGAACGAACAGCCGCGGAGAGAGGGGGCUCUUCCCCGCGUCCUACGUCGAAGUUCUGAAGAACAACGAUAAAUCCACCGCACACAACAACAACAGCACUGCCGUGGAUGCCUACCAGGGCUCUCGGUACGCCAACAUUCCCCCGGGAGGCUUUGAGCCGCCAUACAAAGGUCAGAAUCAGGUUGAGAACUACAACAAAACUCCGGCGUCGAGUUUUACAACUUUCUCCGCACCACCACCGCCGUCACAUCAGCACCACCAGCAGCCGAGUUACCCAGUUAGCCAGGGAAGUGAUGACGACUGGGACGAUGACUGGGAUGACAACUCCACUGUGGCUGACGAGCCAGGCGUUGUCAGUGGAGGCUUCCAUGACUAUGAAGGGAACGGACCCUCCACCUACAGAGUGUCCACCACGUCCAUGUCCCGGGGUGGAAACGCACAGCAGGCUAAGAGUUCAGCCACGGUUAGCAGAAAUCUGAACCGGUUCUCAACUUUUGUGAAGUCAGGAGGUGAGGCCUUUGUGCUUGGCGAAGCGUCUGGCUUUGUGAAGGAUGGAGACAAAAUCUGUGUGGUGAUGGGUCAGCAUGGCCCGGAGUGGCAGGAAAAUCCAUACCCGUUCUCCUGCACUAUUGAUGAUCCAACUAAGCAGACUAAAUUCAAGGGCAUGAAAAGUUACAUCUCUUACAAACUGAGCCCAACCCACACACAAAGCCCAGUGAACAGAAGAUACAAACAUUUCGACUGGCUGUAUGCUAGACUGGUGGAGAAAUUUCCUGUCAUCUCUGUUCCUCACAUCCCAGAGAAACAGGCCACGGGGCGCUUUGAGGAGGACUUCAUUUCGAAGAGGAGGAAAGGCCUCGUAUGGUGGAUGAACCACAUGACCAGCCACCCUGUGCUGGCCAGGUGCGACGUUUUCCAACACUUUCUCACCUGCAGCAGUACAGAUGAAAAGGCUUGGAAACAAGGGAAAAGGAAGGCAGAGAAGGACGAGAUGGUUGGGGCUAAUUUUUUCCUCACCAUUAGCACUCCAGUGGCCCCACUUGACCUCCAAGAGGUGGAGAGCAAGACUGAUGGAUUCAAGGCCUUCACCAAAAAAAUGGAUGACAGUGUGAUUCAAGUCAAUGCUACGCUCAAUGAGUUUGCAAGGAAACAGAUAACUGGAUUUAAGAAGGAAUACCAGAAAGUUGGACAGUCGUUUAAGUAUCUCAGUCAAGCCUUUGAGCUUGACCAACAGACAUUCUCGGUUGGUUUGAACCAAGCAAUUGGAUUCACUGGGGAGGCCUAUGAAGCCAUUGGUGACUACUUUGUGGAACAGCCAAAACAAGAUGUGGACCCGGUGUUGGAUCUCUUAGCCCUGUACCAAGGACAUCUUGCCAACUACCCUGACAUCAUCCAUGUCCAGAAAGGUGCGCUGACCAAGGUAAAGGACAGUCAGAAGCAUGUAGAGGAGGGUAAGAUGGAGAGACAGCAGGCUGACGGCAUCAACGAGCGCUGCAACAUCAUCUCGUUUGCCACCCUGGCUGAGAUCCAGCACUUCCACCAGAUCCGUGUACGUGACUUCAAGGCACAAAUGCAGCAUUACCUGCAGCAGCAGAUCAGCUUCUUUCAGAAGGUCACAGGCAAGCUGGAGGAGGCCCUGAGGAAGUAUGACAAUGCCUAGAUCCACCACAGCUGGACAUCACACACCCUUCACCCCUCACGUGGUGUAGUGCCAAGCGAGAGUUAGCCAGCCCCAAUUUAGCAAUACUUUAAACUGAGAGCCAAGCAGACAACCUUCCUCUCGGUUAUCUAUGUGAAUUCUUUACUUACACAAUGAAUGUCUUGCUACAGCUAAGAGGGGCUAAAAAAAGCUUAAGGGGAAAAUGUGGUGAGAUACUGUCAGCCCUCUCUAGGAGAGGUGGUUAUUUCCGGAAAAGGGGAAGUGCCAAUGUUUCGAGUUUAAAACAGCUAAAAGAGAAGGGCCAGGGCCAGUGGUUUCCACCACCGAAACAAACCUUUGGAACACCUACAUUACCUCUGUGAAUCUAAUACUGUGGGAUAAAACGUUCCAUUGGAAAGUUAGUAAUCACAGUCAGGCUGAGUGAUGUAAGCUUUAUCUUAACAAAGCAACAGAGGGAAAUCUUUUGCUUAUGCUACUAAUGUAAUAUUUUUAGAGAACUUUAUGUACCCAGUCUUCUCACACUGUUGACAAAAUGUUUAAUAUGAAUUCCUUUGGGAGAAUAUCUCCUCAGCGCUGUUGUGUGGCUUUUCACUGCCAACCUUUGGAACACUUGAGCCCUUUCAAGUUAGCCAAUCUUCUACAAAGUUUUUAAAACCUCUCAGAGCAGCUGUCUCCACUUCAUUGUGCCUUCAAUUCUGUCUUUUAUGGUAUUUUUAUCAUUUCUUUUAAGCAAUGUUAUAUACAGUAUGUAUUGUACUUAUUCUAAGAUUUGUUUUUACAAGACCUGAUUUUAUCAUCUAAGAGAUCACAGCUGCUAGGCCAAGAAGUCUGUUUAAAUUGCACAGUGAUAAGCCUUGGGAAAGGAAGGAUGCCCUAAUUUGGCUCUCUUGACAGAUUUUUUCCCAUGUUAUUUUCAGUCUGGAACAUGACAUGAUGCAUUAAGGAAAAACAGUUGUGCCCCAGCUAGAUUACCCAAUCAUUCCCAAAAGACAUAAAAACUUUUCCCAUGCUGCGUGGUUCAGCGUCCAAAUAAAGCAAGUGGGCAGGAAUCCAUAUAAAGCAAGAAUAUGAUGAUAAACUAAAAGCACAGCUCACUCAGGACUCCCUUUCUGUUGAUUUCAUCAUGGAUGCUAAACUGGACACUUCUCUUCUUGGCUGAUGAACCUGGUAUUUGAGUCAUAAUGUCCUAUUGUGGGCUAAGAAUUUAUUUUCUAAUGAUGAAUGGAAGAAAUUGUUUUAUUUAACAUUAGUUCUGAAGGAAACUGCUGAUUUGUUCAGAAAAAAACAAUGUUUUCUUCCAAAAUAAACCCCCUACAUGAUUCAGCUCCAA